AUGACGCAGAGAGACUUACAGGACGAAGGUGAAUCCAGCGGAUGCGAAACAAUGUCCGAGUGCAAAAACUACCGUGAAACAGAAAAGUUCGACUCUGGAAUUGGUUCCAGCUCGAGAAAAACCGACUUGCCGAAUUUGAUGCCGAAGCCGAAGCCAGUGUUGCCCGAAGACUUUGAUCCGAAGCAUUUGCUGGAAAAGAUGAACUUGCGAUUCCUAACAGAGAAGAAUAAAAACCAGCAGAACUCGAAGAAGUACUAUUUGCUGCAAAUGGGGACUUCAGGACUCCUCAUUCUCUUUCAAAUGGCUCUUAUCGUCAUCACUAUCACUAAAAAGGAGGAAAAUUCAACACCAGGAUCAGAUGCUGCCAAAGCGAUUUCAGUCAUUCUCGCUACUUUGACUUGGCAGUUUACGCUAUUGAUCCGCCGCACUUGCUCGCAUCUGCAUGGUCCCGAGACAACGAGACCCCAGAUUGAUGACGACCUGGGCCAAAAUGCUGUAGGGAUUCUUUUGGAAAGAGACGAAGAAAUUGGAGGAGAGUUCUUUCGAGUUCUUGAUCAGCUUGGUCGUUCUUGGACGGAUGGGAUCGUUUCAAUCAUCGGACCUUCUUCAACUCAAAUUUCUGAAAGCACUUUUCAUGAGUUCACGGAUCAUCUUCAAAAUUAUGCGUCAAAGGAAAACAAGUGGAUAACAUCAUCUGUGCCGAUUCGAAGAAACAGUUCCUGGGGUGCUUUCGCCAUGCAAAUAAUCAACAAAGAUUCUUCUUCCGAAAAAGUUCAAGGUCAAAUGACCCAACUCACGAAUUACGACGGAAAUUUAAAAGAAAAAGAGCUGAAGACAACUUCAAAUGUCAUCAUCCUUGUUGACAGAGAUUUCGAAAGAAAGAGACAAGACGACGCGCAAUUCUAUCUCGUGAAUAUUCUCCGGGAGCGUCUCGCUCUUGAAUUUGCUGUUUUCAACGGUGAUAUUGACGCGCUCUCAUUUUUGCACGAAAUUGCUCUGAAUGGAUUUGGAAAACUCGUGCUCGUGGAGGACUCAGGUGGAAUCAUAAAUUAUCUGGUGCCGUUUUUGUUCAAUCAGAAGAGAAAAAUCAACAUGGAAGAACGUUUUUCUUACAGAACUAGGCUUCAAAAUGAGUCUGGUGACUUUCCAACGAUGAUAAUGGAUCUCAAGGCUCACCAAAGCACGAGUAGAAGUAUUCAACUCUACCAGAAUCUUUCCCAAUUCUUCAUACAUCCGCUUGAGAAUGCUUACGACAUCGGAGACUUGUGUUCGCAAAUUUUUUCAUCGCCAUUUUUCUACAUUUCAGAGGAGCAGGUUUUCAACGCCUUGGAAGUUGCAAUGUCCAGAAAUGAGAUUGAAAUCGUUGAGCUUAUUUAUUCACAGUUUUCAACGGAAGAUCUUGACCAGAGAGAAUUCGCCUCACCAGGAAGGUUGGAGAAUCUUUACCUUUCGCAAAUCAACAUGGUCAAAGAAGAAUCUCUUACAGAUCGUGCAGGACUCAAAGACAGCUGGAAGAGCAAAACUUUCGACAAAGAUCAGUCAGCAAGGCUUUCAAGACUCAUUGAAGAUUUCGAAUCUUCCUUGAUUUCAACCAACUGGAACCCCUUCGCCAGGCGUUACAAAAAUCGAACAGCGGGCAAGUAUCACUCAAAAUCAAAAGGAUUGAAAGAAAGCUUCGAGUCACAUGAUCCUGAAGAGAGGCUGUUUUGUUGGGCAAUGCUCUUUGAAUAUUGGGACCUGGCGAAUUUGAUUUGGCUUAGGAGCAAGUAUGGGAUUAGUAUGGCACUUGUUGGGGCGAACUUUCUGAGAGGCGCUGCUGGUCUAAAGCAAAGAGAUAUUUCUGCAUCGGAGAGACUUCAAGAAUUCGCAAAAUACUACGAAAAUGCCGCAAUCGACGCUUACUCCGAGGUUUCAAAAAGCUCUCUUAUAGGAGAACAAGAGCUGUCUCCACAACUCAUGCUCGUCUCAGCUAACGAAAGAAUGGGAAAUAUGACUAUGCUUAAACUUGCCUCCUCCGGUAAAUGCGUUCAUUUCAUCGCUCAAGUCGGCGUCCAAGAGUUCCUCUCCAACAUCUGGCGGGAAAAAACGAGCACCAGUUGGGUUGAUAAAUGGAUUUAUACAAUGAAAGCGCCACUUACCGUCUUCUGGAUGAAUAUGAUUUCAUAUUUUCUCUACAUAAUUUUCUUUGCAACCUUUCUCCUUCGAUUCUUCUGCAUUAUUCCAACCUGGCUUGACUGCCUCCUCAUUUUCUGGACCUUUACCCUGUUCGUUGAAGAAAUCCGACAGAUGUUUGUCGCUGAUGAUAGUCUUCAAAGAGGAAGAUUCGGAAAAUGGUGGGAUGAGUUGUACAACAAAUUUGAUGCUGCUUCUGAGCUGAGUUUCAUAGCAGGCGCAGUUUUGAAACUCACUGCUCCGGAGACAAAGUUUUCUGGCGAACAGCAGUGCCCCACCGAAAUAACCGGUCAAAUGUACGCAGCACAAGCUUGUUUCGCUUUUUCCUUCAUGUUCAUGGCUUACAGGUCCUUGAUAGUGUUCGACGUAUCAAGAGAUCUGGGACCGAAAGUGAUUAUGAUCUGGAAAAUGUUCUUUCAAAUGUUCCAGUUUUUGCUGAUAAUGGCAAUCUUCAUCUUGACUUAUGGAAUUGUUCAGCAGAGCUUGCAGUACCCAAACGAGCAUCGAUAUAAUUAUACAAUAAAGAACAUUCUUUUUGGAGCUUACUACGCAAUCUACGGCGAGCUAUUUCUCGGAGAACGAACCACCUAUGACUUCGAAGAUCAACCAGAAGAGUGCAUCCCUCCUGGUGACAUCGUUGGAAACUCAACCCUUCCUCGAUGUCCGUCAAAGACCGUGAUUUCUGUCCUGGGCUCGGCAACCUGUGCAUAA